AUGUUGAAUCCAUCAGCUUUACUAUCAACUUCAAUCGCACUACUCAUUCAUACCUCAGUAUUAGCAUCUACGCCAGUGUUACAGACAAGAGAAAUAGAAGCCGAAGAAUUUGAUUACAAUUGCCAAAACUUCAUAAUUUUAAGGAAAGAUGUAAAUUCACAUGUGAAAGAUGCCUGCACAGCAUUAAAAUUUUCACCAGAAUUCAAUACAUUUCCAGCCUACUUUGAAGAGUCUUAUUUAUUCCCUGCAUAUAAUGAUAGGGUGCUUUUUUCAUGGCCUGUGUAUUUGGGCACAAAGAGAUUUCAACCUGGAUCUACUGGUAAUUACCGGCUAGUGCUAACUCAUUUAUGCGAACUUGUCGGACUUGUCGUUGUUAAACCUUCCAAACUGAUCGCUGGUCAACGAACAGUAUCUCUGUGCCCUCAUGUAUCAAAAGCUGCAAGCCAGCCCGGCCCAAUUUCCGACUUCUCUGAGACCGAAGAUGAGCUGGAUAGAAUUCGCUGCGGUGAUCAGGUUAUGUUCACGAGAAAAUUUAUCAUAGAUGCUACGUACCAACUUUGCAGAAGAAAAGCGACUUUUAGAAAAUCGAAUUGGAAACCUGCGCCAAGGAGACUUUUUGGUUCCGACCAAUUUUGGAUCAGCCCACUACUCGCGAUGUGCAAGGUUUUUAAUAAAGGUUUACGUAGUGAUAUCUUUACCGUUGUUGAUGAAGAUUGCAAAUUAAAAGGAUUUCUUUACAGCAAGGGCGUCAACUUACAUCAUUGUACUGAAGCAAAAAUUACAAAAACCUACCAAUACGAUCCUGAUGACCACCUUGACCAUCAAGAAAUAGAUGACUAUGAGGGACACCCUCUAAAAAAGACUGAUACAUUUAGAUGCUACAACAUUUUACUGGGUAAUGAAAUGAUCAUUAAAAACCUCAAAGCAGCAAGCAAGAAAAGAAAAAAGAACGGCGCAUAUGAGAAUAAAAGUGAGGAUGAUGAGGAGGACGAGAUGGAGAAAGAUUUUCCGCAUCCCAAGCAAACAUUAGAAGGAGACAUAUGGUUGUGGCCACUAAGAUUUCCAGAGACAUCUAUACCAGGUGUUGGAAAGAGAAAACAUGAGGUAUAUUUUAUGCUAGGAUUAAAUUCAUCGAAUAAAUUAACUGGCGUUUACUUUUCUUUUACAAGAGUAAACAGAAAGCGUAAAUUUAAGCGAUGUUUAGGAAGACAUGAAACUAAGAAUGGGAGCCACAGAGAUGUAUCUUUGGGCCCUAAUCACAAUAGUCCUAUUGGGGGCUAA